CCCAAAAAUGCCUCGCUAUGAAGAUCGACAUGGAAGCACCACACGCCUCUACGUUGGCCACUUGUCUUCAAAAACCCGCUCUUGGGAUCUGGAACAUAUUUUCAGUAGAUAUGGAAGGUUUCUGAUCCUUUGCCUGACCUGGUGGUCAAUGGUGGGAGGGUGGACUUUGCCUGACCUGGUGGUCAAUGGCGGGAGGGUGGACUUGGCGGUUCUUAGAAGCCUUUGGCAAUUUUCUGUGUUGUCUUUGCAUGAUUUUAUGAUGGAAAUUUGCAAAAUCAAACUGGUGUUUAGUACGUCUUGAGGACCAAGUUUCAUGAACUGCUGUACGUAAGUCGUUAUGAUGGCCUUACUGUUUCUGGAAACCGUUUCCGCAGAGUACGCGAUGUGGAUAUGAAGCGGGAUUACGCCUUUGUCGUAUGUUCUUUUGCCACCUUUCUCUUCGAAUACAUUAUGUACUCCAUAUGUGUGAUUUAGCUAAUUGCAUAAAUUUCAUUGCAAACUAUCGGGUUUGUGUUGCUGUUUUCUGUUCCUUCACAAUAAUGCAGGAGUUUAGUGAUCCUCGGGAUGCUGAUGACGCAAGAUAUAGCCUGGAUGGAAGAGACGUCGAUGGACGUCGCAUCAUUGUGGAAUUUGCCAAGGGUGUGCCACGUGGACCUGGUGGCAUUCGAGAGUAUGUUGGGAGAGGCCCUGCCCCAGGCUCCGGGCGCUGCUUCAACUGCGGCAUUGACGGCCAUUGGGCCCGUGAUUGCAAAGCUGGAGAUUGGAAAAAUAAAUGUUACGGCUGCGGGGAAAGAGGUCACAUUGAAAGAAACUGCCCAAACAGUCCUAAGAAAGUCAGCGGACGAGGCCGGAGUUACUCAAGAUCACCAGUAAGGUCACCCUCACCCCGCCGCGGCCGUAGCAGGAGUAGAAGUUUCAGCAGAAGUCGCAGCUACAGCCGAUCAAGGUCUCCUGUGAAAAGAGGACGUGACGCCGAUUACAGAGAUAGGCGAUCAAGAAGCCCACGUGGUCGAAGCCCUGAACCAAGAAGGGGGAGCUCACCCGCCGAGACGGGGAAGCGCAGUCCGACACCCGACGGUGAUGGCCCGAGAGAGAGAUCCCUUUCUCCUCCGGUUAGAAGCCGAGCUGAAACAAACCAAGACAGAGACAGGUAUAGCAACAGCCCAAAGGAGUCUAGCCGAAGCCCUGCAGCAAAAAAGUACGACGAAAGCCCUUAUGCUGCUGCUGCUGCGGCCGCCAAUGGUCGGGAUCAUGACCGUAGCCCCAGCCCUAGGGACGACAGAAGCCCGGUGGAUGAUGAUGAAGAUGACGCCAAUGGUGACAACCGGCUUCCCCGGGGAAGCGAAUCUCCUUGAAUGUUGGUUGCUAUGUUUGGUUGGUGGAUGAUACUAUAAUUACAUAUUUGCCUCUGCCUGCACUCCUUAUUUGUUGCUUUUUACUUUUGGAAGAACCGAUUCAACCGUGGACAUCAUGUCAUAUCGUAUAAGCAUUUUCAAUCUUUGUGUUGUGCUUAUGAGUUCAUUUCAACACAACUAGAGCUGUUAACUUUAAGUGUUAGUUAAUGUUUGUGAAUAAGGUUGGUGUGUUCGUUCGUUUAACUUUUGAAUUCAUUCGUA